UGCAGGGAGAAUCAUUCUGAUUACCUGAUAACAGUUUCACUUCAGUUUCAGCUCAAUCCAAGAGAAUGUAUUUUCUGCUUGUUUUGCCUCUGCUCAUGCUCUCCUACGGGGAGUGUGCAAGUGUCAACGACACACAAAGCAGACUUAUCGGUCCGUUUCCCAGUUCUAUCUCUGUGUAUAAUGGACAGAUCUGGGGAACAUGGGGAAUUACAGAGAGGUGUCCUACAGGCACCUAUGCUACAGGCUUUAGCCUCAGGGUUGAGUCAUAUCAGGGGAUUUGGAGUGAUGACACAGCCCUAAAUGCAAUUGCUCUUCACUGCUCUAGACCCAUCGGCUCCAGCGGUAUUGUCGGGGGCUACACAACUAUCAGAUCUGCUGUAGGAAGCUGGGGAUCUUGGUCACAGCCUUUUUGGUGUCCCAGGGGAGUACUGAAAGCUUUCCAGCUGCGAGUAGAGAGUUAUCAGGGAUUAACAAGGGAUGAUACUGCUGCUAACAACAUAAGGUUCCAGUGCUCCACAGGCUAUGUGUUGGAAGGCAAUGGUAUGAGCUGGGGUAGCUGGGGUUCCUGGAGCUCACUUUGUGGUGGAACCGGGAUUUGCGGCAUCCAAACUAAAGUGGAGUCGCCUCGGGGCCCAGGAGAUGACACCAGUCUUAAUGAUGUCCGCUUUGAUUGCUGCUACUAAGCAUGACUUCACAAAGUGAGAACAUGAAGGAGGACAACUACAUAUAAUGAAUAAUCAAAAUACUAAUCUCACUAUUUCUUAUGAAAUCACAUAUCAGAGUAAAUUAUAUGAUAAUAACUAAUCUAUCUUUCACUAAUCACAAAAUGUACUCACUGAUCAUUUAGUCUUAUUUGUUGUCUUUGCCUGUGUUUUAAUGACAAAUCAGUUCUGAACUUACUUGAAAUAAAACAUGCUAAUCAGCUCAA